AUGUGGAUGGACGCAGCCAACGCAUCGGAUCCGUACUGUGCACCGCGAUAUUCCACAUCCAGCAACUGCCGAGAGCAAGAGCCCUUCUCCCCACGUCUCGGCUCGGUUCGAGGAUCGUUGUCAGUGGUCCAAGUGGACGCGUUCAUCGACGAAGUGGCUACAAACUACCCACUUAUUACUAAAGUGGAGUACCUCGGACGCUCAGUCGAAGGCCGACCACUGCGUGCACUCUGUCUGGGUGCAUGUAACAUUUCAGAGGACAAGAAGAUCCCUCAAGCUCUCUUCACUGGCAUGCACCAUGCUCGCGAGAAUCUGGUCUACACGAUCGACAUUUUGACGUCCGACUAUCGCAACGGAGAGCUGGCAGCUCUCGAGCUCUUAGCGUCACGUCAGCUCUGGUUUAUUCUGGUCGUAAACCCCGAUGGCUAUGCGCACAACGAGAUGGCGCGUGUGUGGGAGCACAACAAGAUGGGACAACGCAAAAGCGGAGCCCCAACUUGCGACCGAAGUCCUCCUGACGCUGGCGUGGACUUGAACCGCAACUACGACGUCUGUUUCGCUCGAGACAGUAAAGGCAGCAGCAACGAGCCGUGUGGAGACGACUACAAUGGCCCGAGCGCGUUCUCGGAGCCGGAAACUCGAGCUGUACGCGACAUUGUGGAGCGGAACACAUCGGACUUCAGCGUGGCACUCAACUACCACUCGUACGGCAAGUACAUCAACCUCCCGUUCGCUUGUCAGGCUGAAGGACAGCCCACCGAGCCCAACAACGCCCUGUUCGUGGCGUUAGCGCGUGAGAUGGCGCACUUUAAUGGCUUUAACUACGGUCAGUCGUGGAAGGACAGCAACUUGUACACGGUGAACGGAGAGACGAGCGACUGGAUGUGGCAGGCUCACGGCAUCUUCGCCAUGUCUCCCGAGGUGGGUCCAGGGUUUCAAGUCGCCCCUGUUCCAGGGUUCUGGCCGCUUCCCAGCGACGUCCCGCAGCUCUCCUCGGAGCUUCAUUACUCCAAUUUGUACGUAGCACGAAUGGCAGGACCAGUGUAUGCGCUGGAGGUGCAGAGUAUCCAGCUGGGAGCUGUCGAUGACGGCGACUCGACGGUGUCCUUUGUGUCUGUGGACGUGGCGGUCUCGAACACUGGAUUGCGCCCAGGAAGCGCAGAGCUGGUGGGGUCGGUUUUUGUCAACGGAUCAAGCGCCAGUGAUGCUGUGCAGUUGGAGCUUAAGGCUGGACCUGACGGCUCUGGAACACAGAGCCACACUGUGAUGAUUCCGUACUCUGGCGAUGAUUUCCACCAGUCCAUGAGAGAGAUUAAGGAUCUGUUUCUGGUUGUCAGAGACAGUUUAAGUUGCCAGCUCUUCCGUGUCGCCGUUCACUUCCAUACAGACGUUGAAAGAACCAACCACCCAAGUUUUCAGACGUGGACUGCGCUCCCACUGCCUCGCUGCGGAACCUGUGAGCUCUUUGGGGCUUCAGAACAUGGCGAUGCAGGCUUACCAACCUCGCCAGUAUGUGGCGAUAUCAAAGAUGUGGCGUCUCUGGAGUCCGUUCACACACGGGAUGUUGACGCUUCGCUCACGUCAUCGAUCUUGCCGUCGUCAGUGUCGUGGUCGGGCUUUGUCGCCAUGGCAGCGUUUGCUGGACUCGUGCUACUUGUCGUAGUCGCGCUCUUCAUCCGACGACGUCGCGGUGGACCCAAAAAGAAACCUUCAAGAGCUAAAGCAGCUGCAGGCGCUCAGAAGCGACGAAGCAACGUGCAAUACUCGCGCAUUGACGCGAACUCGCCUGCGGGAGACGACUACGACGAAGACGAGACUGGUCUAGUGGAUGCAGAGUGUGGGGACAGAGGGCUAUCGGACGAGGAGGAGGACGCGGUAGCUCGUCGAACCACGAAGACGCUGCGUGCAUCGACUGAAGAUGUCGUGUAA